AUGGAGAGAGAUAUACUACCUUGGUUGCAACCUCCAACCGAAGAAGAGCAACACACAACUGGCGGUAACAACAACAAUGGCGAUGAUUUCAGAAAGAUGGAUAAAGCUUCAAUACUUGGAGAUGCUAUUGAUUACUUGAAUGAGUUACAACAAAAAGUUGAUGAUCUUCAAAGUGAGUUAGAGUCAAUUUCUCUUGGAUCAUCACUGGCACCCACCACUUCAACCCUUCAUGUACAAGUGAAUGGAGAAUUAUGCCAUAGCAAUGUGCCAAGCGCUAGAAACCAAUCAAUAAAGGUUGAGGCAUGGGAAAUGGAAGAGGGAACUGUCAACAUCCAUAUGGUUUGUGCCUACAAACCAGGUGUUUUGCUUUCAGUUAUGAAGGCAUUUGAAAUCCUUGGAUUAGACAUUCACCAAGCUAACAUAAAUUGUUUCAAUGGUUUUACUAUAGAUGUAUACAAAGCUGAGCAAUGCAGACAAGGUCAGAAAGUGAACACUCAACUAAUUAAAGAAGUGUUGGUGAAUGCAGUGGAUUACCAUAUGGCAUGA